UGACUGCUGGUGUUGGCUGGAGAGGCAUGACAUCAUGCACAGCUCCGUCCCCUCUCUCUGCAAAAAAAAAAAAAAACUACGAGUGAAACACCUGCAUUUUACUACGGCGAACAGCAUCCGACGACUCACGCGUCUGCACGCUGAAAUUCCGCGGUGCAGCCAUUAAAAUACGGCGUGAACGUCGCCUUGCCCCCCUCCCUACCUACCCACCCACCCACCCAGCCCCAUCCAUCAUCCAUCCACCGAGUGUGCAGCGUAGCCUGGGAGGGGCAUCCGUCCGUUUUGUGGGGUGGUGGGAAUGGCGGAUGUGGAGCGCUCCGUGUCUGUUGAAUGGGACAGCGGUGAUGGAGGUGUAGAGGAAUAACACCCCUCUUGUGCAUUUUUUUUUUAUCUUUCUCUGUGUAGCUUGGUACUCGUCUGUCGCCAUGGAUCCAGAGAAAACGCUGACAUUCUGCCACGGGCUGCUGGCUGAGGAGAUGACUAUGUCCCUGCAGGGGCUGGAUGCAACCGAAGAAUCUACGGUGCCGGUGAAGGAGAUUGACAUGAGCACAAUUCAUAAGGUGGUGAAGUACCACGGGGCCUCUGGUAGCCAGCCUGUAGUCAGUCCCACGUACUGUCCUGGAGUCAACAACAGUCCAGGUUACCUGUGUGAAACAGGACACUGCUGUGGAGAGACGGGCUGCUGCACUUACUACUAUGAACUCUGGUGGUUCUGGCUGUUGUGGACGGUGCUGAUCCUCUUCAGCUGUUUCUGCGCUUACCGCCAUCGUCGGGCCAAGCUGAGGAUCCAGCAGCAGCAGAGACAGAGAGAAAUAAACCUGAUCGCUUAUAAUGGAGCCUGCAAUUACCCCUCGUCAAUGCUGGACCUAAGUUUUCUGGCUUCCUUUAAGUUGCCCUCCUAUGAGGAAGUGGCUGCCCAGCCCAGCACUCCCCCUCCGCCUUACAGCUCCGUCUUUGCCCUGCAGGGCGGGGCCGUGCCGGGUCCCAGCUCCUCUUAUUCCUUCCAACACCACCGGCACCCCUGCCCACCCUACCUGGGCCCCGGCCCCAGUGGCCUGACCUCCUCCCAGAGCUCUGACAACUACACCAGCUGCUCCUGUGAGUCUUGCUCCCUCACCUCACCAUCCAGCACCUCCUUUUCCGUCCAGGUGACGGAUGAGACAUAUGACAGUAGCCACAUCUCCACGCCCAGCGAAGCCGGAGGCGACUUGGCGAUCGUGCCGAGGGUCGGCGGCGCCUUCACGCCGAUGCCCUCCCCUCCGUCUUUUUCACAAGUUCCACCUGAUGUCAUACCUGCGGCCGCUCCGGAUGUUGUACCCGUGCAGAGGUGUCCUUCUAAGGGCAACGGGGGAGUCUCGCCUCCCGCCCCACCGCUUUCUCUUCCUUUACACUCUUAUGCUUCGCACCCUUGCUGCCUCCCGCUUUCCCCCCUCGUCCUGUUGUCCACCAUGCCUCAAGUCCACCCUCUUGUCGCCUCGGAUCCGCUCGGAGCUGUGGCCCUCCAGAAAGUGAAAGAAGAAACUUCACCCCACGGUCCAGCCACGAAGGCCACGCCGUCUCCCUCUAAACAGGCAUUCUUCUCCACGGAUGUGGCUGCGCUUGUGCGGUGUAAUAAAGAGGAGCAAAAGGAAGAGGAGGAAGAGGAAGAAGAAGACGAGGAGGAGGAUCAUUUCCGGCACCGGCGACUAACCGGUGACUCUGGGAUUGAGGUGUGCCGCUGCCACGUGAGGAGAGAGGCCCAGGCAGAGGAACUGCACAAAGGGUACGUCGACAAAGGAGGGAAAGAGGUUGUGAAGGAGGGAGAAAGGGCGGGGCUGCUGCACGACAGCGUGGACUGUUCCAACCGAACGAAGCCCGCGGCACAGUCACCUCUCCUGGACGGCUAUGGUGAGCAACGCGGCCCAUCGUCCUCCAGCAUCAUGCAGGAGAAAGGCGAGGCCAUCAUUACGGUGGAGUCCUCGUAAGUUGACAGGCACGGAGUUGCAGUGAGGGAAGCGGAAGUUGCUUUAUAGCCUUCUUAUAGCUCAAGACCAGUAGGUGAAUUAGUGGAAUCACUGAAGAAAAGUCUUGCAGAUCUUACUGUGAUGGUUGGAGUCACAUGGGGGGGGCUUUGGACCUUUUUAGUGUCUCUGUUAUUUAUUUCAAAAGAGAAAAAGGCAGGAGAAGCCACUCAUUUUAAUCAUUUGCAGUUAAUUUGGUUUACGGUUUGGGAGAUAACACACUUGUUUUUCUAUGAAGUGCUGAAAAUGCUAAUGAAUUAAUUGUUUUUUUUUCCUCACUCAAAACAAAAGCAACAAAUAGCUGAUGUGCACUGCAUGACAACCAAACAACUCGUUACCGUUUCCUCUCCUUCUUUCUUUCUGUGACAUUGUUCCCUACGUAUGUAGCAUUUUAGCUCUCUGAAAAUAAAUCCCUCCUGUCGGCGCUUCUCAGCCUCUGGCUCAGAGCCCCUUUGAGGUGAUUUUCUUUUAGCGAACUCUACAGAUGAUUAAAAUGGAACAAUCUGAGAGGCGAAAAUCCAUCUUUGCUUUCACAUCUUAUGUGCAUGACAAAUGCAGAGUGUGAUGAGGAAAAAAAAGAACAAAAAAAACAGCUUUCCGUUUAAUUAGAGUCUAACGAAAUACGACUGUUCAUUAAUAACUGACAGUUUCUUGAGCUGCAAAAAAAAAACACAUUUAAGAAAUGUUUACGACGAGAAACUGCAGAACAAUACAUUUUCAAAAGGGGCAGCUCCUAAACAUGUGCUUUGAUCACAUUAUUGAAUUGGGAUAUCUUUUGAACUCUUGAAUAGUAAAGAUUCUUUUUUGUUGUUGUUGUGAUUUAUUUUAGUUUCACCGGCCUAACUCACUCUGUUUAUCAGAGGAAAGAAAAUGGCUGAAGCUGAUGGGGUUUUGAUUGAUUCAGUGUGGGUCUUACGUUUUUAUAAAUUGUGUCUUAUUUUGCCUCCCUGAUAGGAAAGGGGUGCAAACAUCGAUUUAAACUGGUGGGUGGCAAAGCUUUACGGUGAUUUUCAUUUCAGACCUGUGUAAUUAUCCGACGUCGAACAAGGUCCCGGCUGAUUGUUGCCACUUUUGAACGGCAGCGUGAAUCUGACGAGGCAGGAGCCCGGUCUCGUCACUGAUUAUGAAUGUAAAAGGUUAUGCAUCACAACAGAAACAUGCUAUCAAACUGUUCUCAUAGAAAUGUGUUUUGACUGGAAAUCCUCUGGAAAAGGGUCUAAAACUGGAGCAAGGUGAUUCAAGCAGCCCAGGUGUGGGGCUUUGAGAAGACGUGUCCUGAAAAGACGUGCCCGCUGUAAUGUCAGUAAUGCUUGUGAAAUAUCAAGGGUGAAUCAAGCCACAGAGCCACAGAGUGUUGUGUGAACUCUGCCGCGGUCCGACUUGCUGUCACUUCACAGACUUGGACUGAUUUUUCUCCAAAAGCAUCCCGGUGGAUCCCGUUUUGUAGAAUCAGAAUAUAUCGUCUGCCUCGCCGGGGCUGCGAUGCUAUCGACUGAAGCUCUGUCCAUCCAAGGAUUAGUCAGUCCUGCUCUCAGUAGUAGGAAUAGCACACACAUACUCUCUCCUAAUUAAACCGGCUGUACAAACUGUUCUUGAAAAAAUAGUUUUAGAAAACAACAAAUGUGUCAAACCACACUUUUGUACAAGUUUGUCAUGCUGUCGUUCUUAUGAGACAAAGGUCUCCGUGUAGUCCAAUGGCUAGAGGCCACCCUCGCCAUGUCAUUAGUGCAAAGCUGACUCUGUUGUAUAAUACUCGAAGGCAAAGCUUUCAACUAGCUUAUAGCUUGUGUGGACAGACAACUUUACCUACCUUAUCUUUAUUUGUCAAAGACAUCCUACGUCUUCAUGUGUGAGCCCAGGGGUUGUUAGAGGGGUUGUGUUGCCGACGUCCUCUGAUCACCUCUGGUCGAAGCUCUUGUGCAGUGACUCGUGGUUGCGUCUCAGACUGUUCAUCCUCUGCACAUAUCGACAGAAAAGCCUGUUGACGGCUAAAGAAAGCAGUCUUUUGUUUCAUUAGUUCUAGCUAACAUGCGUUGUUGAUGAAAGUAUAUGGUGCCUAGAUGAUACCUGAUUAUCUGUUAUCUGGCAUUUUAUUGCUAAUGUGCGAGUGUACGUUUUCUUUAACCUGUGAAUAGUUGUACACCGAAUGGGUUUUCUAACCGUGCUUAGCAGUCUCUUUCUAUAGAACAUAGACAGUACAUGUGAGACUUGCAAAAAUAGUAUUUAGCAAUAUUAUUCACACUUUUUUUUCCUUAUUCUAGUUGAUGCUGGUUGAUAGGAAAUAAACAGUUGUGAAAAAAGACAUUUACCUCUUUAUUACUGAUCUAUGAGCUGUGCUGGGCAGAGGCCCUUGAUUGUACAAACACAGCAUUUAUAAAUGCCUUUGGCUGAAGGUUUCUCCCAAGUGCAAACUCGGAUUAUCUGGUUCUACCUUAGCCCCAGUUUGUCUUUGUGUGUUAAUGUUAAGUUUGAGUCACAGGGCCAAGCGUCGGUUUUUCUGAAUGUCAUUGUACAUUGAGUCUGUUUAACAUAACCCUCCUUUCCAGAGACUUCGAAAGUAUUCCCAACUCAACUUGUCCAAAGGUGGACCAUACACGAUGUGUCCGAUACGUGUUACAAAUUCAUGUGUUUUAUUUUGAGUGUAAACCCACCGAGAUGAAUUGUUGCAGCUUUUAGAAAAAGGGCCAGACAUGUAUUUUGAAAAACUGAUGUCUUUUUGUUCCUAUUGAUAUUGGUAGGAUAUAGUUUCAUGGUUUCAUGUGAAUAUACUGUUUAAUUACGUGACUGUUUGGCCAUUUAACUUCACGGAUUCUUGUUUGUUCUUGUGGAUUCGUGAAAUGUCAUCACUUGCUGCUCAAGUACUGCUCCACUUCAGAGUACUCUGCUCUGACCGAGCACAGCCUAAAUGCCCCGGCACAUUUUAUCGAUGAGGCUUGUGUGGACCUGGGGCAGCAAGGCAUCCCAGAAUGCAUUAUUUGGGGUUUAAUUAAGCUUGUUCCACCUGCACCGGUGAUGAAUUGAAACUGUUACAGUAUCAGGUUAACUCACAUCCUCCCAGUUGCUAACUACAAACUAUCACUCUGAUAUUUCACGACAGCAUGUAGUCGAAUGCUGUUAUUUUAUGCAUUUUAUGCAUUUGGGUUCUCAUUUAAAUAACCACACUAAACAGUGAGAUUACUUUAUUGCUUUUAUUGAUUGUCUUAAUUAUUAAUUAUCGUGUACGUGCAGCCUACAUUUGUUGGAUCCUUUAAACUCCUGCAGCUGCAUGUAUUCAAUAUUCCUAAUAAAACCUUUUGUAACUUCUAGAGGAUGGAUGGAUGUGUGGUUGGCCACUUUACCUGUGUCUUUAGUGCAAAGCUUACUAUUGUAUGAUACUUGAAGGCAAAGCUUUCAACUAGCUUAUGUGGUCAGACAAACAAAAGACCAAACCUAUGUCUUCAUUUAUACCUUCAUAUGUGGGUCUAGGGGUUGUUAAAGGGGUUGUGUUUCUACAUUUUGACGUCCUUGAUCACCUCUGUUCAAAGCUCCUGUGCAGUGACUCGUGGGUGCGUCUCACUGUUCAUCCUCUGCACAUAUCAACAUAGAGCUUGACUGCAACUGGACAUUUCCUUCCCUACGUGGUAAGCGGUAAUAGAUGAAGGCUGGAUGGAUUUUAUGAAAAUGUGAAACACAAAUAUUGUUGCAAUUUAUAUAUAUAUAUAAAAAAAGAUCUCUUAUAUGUUAUUCAUUAUUUUACUGAGGUGAGAAAAGUAGCUUCUUGAGCAAUUUAAACAAACGGCUUCACCAAGUUUGCGAAAGUGCCGUUUUUCAGAAAUAUCUGUGUUCAGCUCUGUGACUCAAAUCUACCCUCGAAGGGACAAACUGGGGCAAAUUUUAUCACGACUCUGAUUUCAAAUUGAAGCCAGACCCUUCUGAGUUCAUUGUACAUAGGGUGAGUUUGAUUUGUUUUGCCUUGUCAGCAGCUACAGACAAAAUGCCCAGACUCAUCCCCUCAUCGCCACUCUAGGCCAAAUCGUGAUGUAAGACUGUUACCUCGCUCGAGUUUCGACUGCAAAGGUCUGUUUACUUCUCCGUCUGAAGAUAGUAUUUACUCUAUAUUUGUACUGAUUUUAUUUUGUAAUUGAUGAAUUAAAACAUUUAAAUAAAAGAAGCCCGCAUUGGUACAGCUGAAAUACUUUGCUAGGAAAAAAAAAAAAAAAGUUCCACCCUGCUGACAGAAGCGUUCUCCUUUUACUGCUGCAGCGGGAUAUUUAGCAGUAUCUAUAUGUGACUUUAUGUGGAGUUGUUCAGAUUAAUAUUACUGCGACACGUUGUGUAUUUUUGAGGGUAUCCUUGUGCAAUCUUACCUUGCAGCUCUACGGUGUGUUGUGCGCAUGUGUGACAUAUUUGUCAUCUGUGUUGUUAUGCUGUUCAAAUCAUUAUCGCUUAUUACGAGGCCAGAGGUGAUGAUAUUUGUCAAUAUAAAUACCCAAAUAUUAAGUUUGAUUUUGUAUCACGGUGUAUAGCAGAGAUUUCUGAAGCGUAAUCAGAUUUGAAAUCUGAACAAUUAGAUGCUUUUAAAUGUUGGUUUGGUUGCAUAUAUGCCUGUGCUUUCCGCACAGUGUGGGGCUGUACUUAGGUUUCAGUUUCAGACAUUUGUGUUUUUCUCUUUUCAUUUAUUGCCACUGUUACCAUGUUGGACAAGGACAUCUACUUUAUUCAACAAAAACUGUGGAUUUCAUGUCAAAAUAAAUGUGCUACCCAAUA